AUGGUUGGUCACAUACCAUCCAAUAAGGUUAUUGUGUUGUACUAUAGUGAGAUUGAAGACUAUGAGUAUGAUGCAGAUGCAGAGAAUUGUGAUGGGGAUUUGACUCAGAAUUACCAAGUGAAUGGGGUGGAUUAUAUUGAAGUUGAAGCUGAGGAGACUUUUGAGAAUGUUGGGACAAAAGUGGCAAAUGAAGAUGCAGGGGCAGAAUUACCAAAUGAAGAUGUUGUGAAAGAGGUACCAAAUGAAGAUGCAGGGGCAGAAUUACCAAAUGAAGAUAUAGGGGCACAUUUCACUAUUGAUACCGAAGGGGCAGAAUUGCCAAAUGAAGAUAUAAGGGCACAUGUGACAAUUGAUAAUGAAGGGGCAGAAUUGCCAAAUGAAGAUGAAGAUGAAGAUGCAGAUUCAGAAAUUCAAGACAGUGAUUAUGAGUUCAGUGACAAUGAGGCAGAAGAUAGGCCAACUGUUAGAGAGAAUGUAGCAAAUGAAGGGACUAGUCAUGGUGCUCAAGGAGAGAUGUCAUCAGAUGGUGCUGACACGUCAGAAUUUGACAGUGGAAGUGAGACUGAUUCUGAGGGUAAUGGUAGAAAAAAGAUAAAGCUGCCAAAAUUUAAGCAGUAUAGAAGAUAUGUGCAUUUGAAAAAUCCUGAGUUUAGAUUGGGAAUGAAGUUUGCAAACAAAAAAAUUCUGAUAAAGGCUAUCAAGGAGCUUGCAAUUAUAGAGGCUAGGGAAGUAUAUGGAUCAAGGAUUAAUAGAGAGGAAGGGACAUUUGCUAUAAAAACUUUGAGCCUAGAACAUCAGUGUGGAAGAGUGGACAAGCUUAGGCAUACUACAUCAAAAUGGCUUUGUGACAGAUAUGCAAACAAGCUGAGCCGCAACUCAGACUUUGAUCUGAAAUCAUUUCAACAAGAUGUGUUGGCAGAUUACAAAAUAAAAGUCACCAAACUUCAAGUUUAUAGGGCAAAGAGGCUAGCCAGAGAUUUAAAUGAAGGUACUUUCAAAGAACAAUAUGCUAGAUUGUGGGAUUAUGCAAAAGAAUUGAAAACUACAAACCAAGGUAGUACAGUGAAGAUUAAAACUCAGAUUAUGAAGUGUGAGACAGUGUUUCAAAGAAUAUAUGUGUGCUUGGCUGCAUGUAAGAAGGGAUUUUUAGAAGGUUGCAGACCUGUUAUUGGUGUUGAUGGCUGCCAUUUGAAAGGGCCUUAUCCUGGACAGAUCUUGACGGCUGUUGGGGUGGAUUGGAACAAUGGUUAUUUCCCAGUACCAAGCUAUUGA